GUGGGCGGGGCUUGCCCUGGCGGUGCAGGCGCUGUAGAGAGGACGGGGUGGGCGGGGCGCGUGCGCAGUGCCCAAACUACGCAUGCGGAGGGCGCGCAGACAGUGAGCGGUGCGCAGGUUGCGUACGCGGAGGGCGGGGGCGCAUGCGCAGUGCUCAAACUACGCAUGCGGAGGGCGCGCAUACGGUGGACGAUACGCGUGGGCGGUGGGGCCAUUGCGUCCGCGGCGGGCGUUGCGCAUGCGCACUGCGGAGGGCUCGCCUACAGUGAGCAGCGCGCAGAUUGCGUACGCGGCGGGCGCUGCGCGCAGGCAGUGGGCGGGGCGCGUGCGCAGAUUGCGUGCGCGGCGGGCGUUGCGCAUGCGCAGUGCUGAGCGCGCGCGCCGCCGCCGCUCCCGCCCGGCUCUGAGGGGACGCCGCCAUUUUGUGAGGCCGCCGCGCCGAGCGCCCGCUCCCUUCGCCCUUCUCCUCCCCUUUCCCCGCCGCCGCCAUGCGUCCCGGCAUCAAACUCUUCGUGGGCAACGUCCCCGAGGAGGCGACGGCGGAGGAGCUGAGCGAACUGUUCGCCGGCGCCGCCGGGCCGGUGCUGGGUAUCGCCCUCAUGAAACAGUUCGCUUUCGUCCACCUGCGGGACGAGGCGGCGGCGGCCCGAGCCAUCAGCCAGCUCAACGGCCACCAGCUGCACGGCCGCCGCAUCGUGGUGGAGCCCUCCCGGCCUCGGCCCACCAACACCUGCAAGAUUUUCGUCGGGAACGUCUCGGCCGCCUGUACCAGCGGCGAGCUGCGGUCGCUUUUCCAGCAGUACGGCACCGUGGUCGAAUGCGACGUGGUGAAAGACUAUGCAUUUGUUCACAUGGAGAACGAAGCAGAUGCAAAAGUUGCCAUCGAAAACCUUAACGGGAAGGAGGUGAAGGGGCGCAGAGUGAACGUGGAGCUCUCCACCAACGUCCAGAAGAAGGGCGCGGGCCAGGCCCUGCCGCCCGCCCUCGGCCUCGACAAGACCAAACGCAUCGGCCUGGAAUACCGGGAGAAGUUCCAGCCCAAGAUCGAGGGCUUCAACCAGCAGUGCCGGGCGGCCGACGCCGCCUUUCCCUCGGGCUACGCCGCCGCCUCCUCCCUGUACGAUUACCAGCAGCGUUUCGGCACCGCCGGCGGCACUGCCGGCAAAUACGACGCCUUUGAGGCGCAAGCCAGGCCCGCUUCCCCCUCCUACUUCGGGAGGGACCGCAGCCCCCUCCGGCGUUCCCCGAGCCGCGCCGGCUAUGCAGCGGUGACGCUCCCCAUGACGGCGCAGCCGGCGGCGUACCGUGCCCAGCCCUCCGCCUCACUGGGGGCCAGCUACCGUGCCCAGCCCUCCGCCUCCCUCGGCGUUGCCUACCGCCCGCAGCCCACCACUGGCCAGGCCGCCUCAUACCGUGCCCAGCCCUCUGCCUCGCUGGGGGCCACCUACCGCUCCCAGCCCUCCGUUUCCCUCGGGGCCGCCGGCGCCCAGCCCGCCGCCAACUCCCUCAGCGCCUACGGCACCCAAAACGCCGCAUCCUACGGCGCCCAGCCGGCCGCUUCCCAGCUUUCCGGCUACGGCGUCCAGUCCGCCGCGCUGGCCUCUUCCUAUGGGGCGCAGGCCGCCUCCGGCUAUUCCGCCUCCUACGGCGCCCAGGCUGCCGCCGCUUACGGCGCCCAGGCCGCCACUGGCCCCGCCGCCUCCUACAGCGCCCAAACGGUGGCCACACACGUGGCUUACGGUGCCCAGGCCACCGGCUACGGCGCCCAGCCCGUAGAUGGCCACGCUGCCGCCUCCUACGGCGCCCAGCCCGGUGCCGCGCUCUCCGCUUCCUACGGCGCCCAAGCCGUGGCCGUUCACGCCACCACCUACAGUGCCCAGGUGGUGGCCGGUCACACCGCCGCCUACCAGCCCGUAGCCGGCCACUCAGCCACCUACGGCGCCCAACCGGCGGCUGCUCUCUCUGCCACCUACGGCGCCCAGCCUGCCGCCGCCGGCCAUUCUGCUUCCUACGGCGCCCAGCCCGCCGCCAACUUGCCCGCUUCCUACGGUAGCCAGUCCGCCGCCGCCCUCUCGGCUACCUACGGUGCCCAGGCGGCUUCUUCGCUAGCCGCCUCCUAUGGCAACCAGGCAGCCGCCGCGGCCUCCUACAAGGCGCAGGCCUCCGCCCCGCUGACCGCUGCUUACCGGGCCCAGGCCUCCGGCUCGAUGGCGGCAUCCUACCCAGCGCAACAGGCCUCCACCGCGUCGCUGGCGGCCGCUUACCGAGCCCAACCGGCCAGCGGCUACGACGGGCCGAGCCAACUGGGCCAACAGGCGGCUUCCUACCUGGGCCUGUCGCAGGCCGCCGCCGCUGCCGUCGCACCGCCGUAUGAGCGCACCCGCCUCUCGCCGCCACGCAGCGCCGCCUACGACGACCCGUACAAAAAAUCAUCUGCUUUGGCAAAAAGGUACGGCUCCGAGCGCCGUCUCUCCGACCUCUCUGAUUACCGCCGCUUAACAGACUCGCCGCUUGCGUACCGUCGCUCGCCGACAAAGUCCCCGAUGGAUUACCGUCGCCUGCCAGAAGCCCACGCCGAUUACGGCCGGUACUCGGGGGGCUACGGCGACUACCUGCCGGCCGCCCGCGUCCACUCGGGCUACCAGCGCCGCCUCUGAGCCGGCCACCACCAGGGCUGGGGGAGGGGGGACGGGACGGUUUGACCACUUGCGUCGCCCACCACCGCGCCCGGCGCGGUGAAUCCUCCGGCCGUCGCCGACGGUUAUUUUUUUAGCUGCUUUUUCUUUUAUUCUUUCUUUUUUUGGAGUUUUUAGAAGGAGCCGCGGUUACGGGGAGGGGGGGAAACGAGUGAUGGGCGCGCGGUUCACCGGCCCCUGUCGCCGUAGCGUCGUGGCACCGUCUCUCUUGCGGCCGCCAGCACUGCCGGUGCUCGGUACAACCCGAGCCGAGCCUGUGCUCUUUUUUCUACCAACGUUUUUGGGGUUGUUUUUUUCCCCGUUUUGGGUUGGUUUCCCCCCGUUUCCCGGCGUCAGGGAGCAGCGAGGUUUUGUACGACUGUAAAUAAAUGCUGGGCUCUUCACCGUUUC